CACGUCCAUCCUCCCUGUUCUCAGCUCUCAACACAAUAAUACUGCUUUAUGUUUUCAAAGAAUUUCACAUUGAGGAGCUUUUACAUCCCACUGACUCAGAUUGUUCUGCGUCUGUGAAGGUGCGGGGGAAAGAAAAUGACAAACUGGAGCUAGACUGGAACAUACCAUCAGGGGAGCAGGGGAAGCUCAUUCCAAACCUGUAGGAAGACAGGUUAAACAAGGUAUGAAAAUUCCACCAAGCUGAAAAAACAGUUGAGGCCCACAAACAAUGGACACAAAGAAAGUGAAUGGUGUUGCCCCAAAAGAAAACGGAAGUCAUAGAAAACCACCCUCCUAUUCUGUCGAAACCCCCUAUGGAUUUCACUUGGACCUGGAUUUUGUUAAAUAUGUCGAGGACAUCGAAAAGGGCAACACAAUCAGAAGGGUGCAACUUCAGCGUAGACCGCGUGGGCGGAGCAGUGGAAACCUGUCGCGUAACCUCAGUUUACCUGGGUACAGUUGCAGAUCCUCUCAGUGGAACUCAAUGACCAUCUCAUUUCCCAGAACUCGACUUGCAGACUCCCAGCAGCCGUGUGAUUUUCAGUGCAGCAGCGAUGGCGAGUCAGCUGGUUUCAGCAGGCAAUCAGAGUCUUCCUACAAAACCUCAAAGGCGUUUGAUGAGCAGCCGUUGGGACCACAUGUGAGGCCAAAUCUACUGCGGGCCUCGAGUUUACCCUUAACAGUGUUACUGAGAAAAUACUCCACUGAGGACCCGACCAGCCCCAAUGGUUCGAGGGAUUUUCUCUCUCAAGAAAACGGUUCUUCUGAGGACGUCUUCCACAGCCCAGGAGGCGUGAGCGGGACUUUUCAGCAGCUGACUGCAGCUCUCCAGAGAGUUGGUGAGCUUGAAGAGGAGAUCAGGAUCAUACCAGAACUUAAAGCACAGAUAUGUAUCUUACAGGAGGAGCGAGAGAGGCUCCUGCACACAUUCCAAUCCGAACCUGACAACACUGUGACUCUGGACUUUCCUAGAGGUGUGGUGAAGAUGGUGGAGAAAAAAAAUAAAGCAAACAAUGACUGGAUGGAUCGGGAGUAUGAUCAGCUGGAAGAGAAUGUCAAGGCUUCCUCUGAGCAAGUUGAGGCAAUUGUAAUAACCACAGAAAAAAACUCACUAGCAACUAAGAGAGAUCAUGAAGUCGUUGAGGAGUUGCAGAAGAAAAUCACAAUGCUAGAGCAGAAGCUUCACGAUCUUGAGUUUGAUCUGAAAAAAACGACAAAUCUUCUUAAGGAACAGGAACAGGAGAGUCGUAUCAAGGACAAGAGAAUCAAUGAGUUGACCAAACAACAUGCAGAAAACAUCUGGGUUAAACUAGACAACGUGAGGAACACACCAGACAUAGAGAACAAGUUAGAACCAUCUGUGCAAACAUACUCACCUGACUCUGAAUCAAGUAAAGCUAACCAGGUGUGUUUAAUGGAAGAAUUUAAACCCUGUGCAACAACAGGACCUGCGGGAUCACAAGCAGACAUGGAGCACCAUGUGAAAAAAGUCAGAGAGCUCCUACAGGAGCAGUGGGAGUGUCUUUGCAGAAAUGAGGAUUCAGGAAAAGUGCUGUCCUCUGAACAUCUACACCCACGAGUCUGUUCCAUCCAAAGACAGCUGGUCUCUUUAGUCCACCUCCUUACACUCUAUAUAUCACCUGCAGGAGAUGCACCACCAUCAGCUCAGGAGUCCAUGAUGGAGGACCAAAUAUAUGUGGUGAAGACAUGGGAAAGUCCUGAACAAGACUAUGGAAGAGACCGAUUUGUUCUGAGCAAUUCUAGCAAAGUAGUGGAGGGCAGCACGAGGCCAAAGGAUCCUGCUGAGGAGGGGUUUAACCAAAAAAAUUCCCAAACUGAAGAGCUGCCAGGUUCUACACUGACCUCCAGAAAGCAAGAGCUCAUCGGAGAAGCCACUGCAGAGACCACACACUUGAAAGUGGCUGAAGAACAUCAUGAAGAGCAGGACAGGAUGUGUGAAGCAAAAUGUUUAGAAGAUCAGGCAGUAGAAAAAGAGGACAAGCAGGAUGGCACAUGUUCAGGAGCUGGAUCAGAAGAAGCAUCACAUGGUGAAGGAGGAAGGGGGGUGGAGACUGACUUCAUGAAUGCGUGUCACUUCUUAGAGAAACACAUGGAUGAAGUUUCUGAACCAAAUGAUGAAAUGAGGCAGGCUUUGACUGUGGUGUUCCAGCAGUGGUUCCACGUGUGUGCUGAGGAGAACUCGUGUGCCGACACGGUCGCUCUGUACAUUAAUGAAGUGGCCACAGAAACCCCCGCAGUGCUGCAGUUCCUGGUCAAUAUGGUGGAUGAUAAUGGAAACACAGCCCUGCAUUACAGCGUGUCCCACUCAAACUUCAGCAUUGUUAAACUCCUCUUGGACACGGGUGUGUGUGACGUGGAUCUGAAGAAUAAGACUGGGUACACAGCGGUCAUGUUGGCGUCUCUCCAGCCGGUGGACACUGAUACAGAUAUAAAGGUGGUCCAGCAGCUGAUGGAGUUCGGUGAUGUUAACGCUCGUGCAGGUCAGGUGGGUCAGACGGCGCUCCACCUGGCGGUCAGACACGGCCGAGCGUCCAUGGUGAGACUCCUUCUGGCACAUGGAGCAAACGUUAAUGCUCAGGAUCAAGCGGGAACCACAGCUCUGAUCAGCGCCUGUGACCGUGGACACGCCGACAUUGUCCGAAUUCUGCUGCAGGACCCUGACUGCGAUGUGAACCUUACAGAUAAGGGAAGUCGCAGCGCUCUGUCCCUGGCCACACAGGCGUCACACACCGAGAUCGCAGACCUGCUUAAAGCUCGGACCACCAACACUAAAGCCCAUGACAAAUGCAAGAUGGCUUAGAUACGAGAACCUGCUCGGUGGAGAGCUCCAUGAACAUGUAGAAACCUUUCUGCAUGUUCAUUCUGGAAUAUCUACAGUUUUCAUUAUGUUUCUGUCAUAAUUUGCUUCAUUUGAAUAAUAAGGCCAUUUUAUGAUCAGUUAUUAUUAUUACUAUUAUUAUUAUUAUUAUUAUUAGUCUUGCCUGAAAGAUGGAUGCGUGGAUUCAUUUAUGAUUUUGACUGAAAGAUUGCGAAAAGGUAAAUUAUUUGUGCUGGAGUAUUUCUGUGGAAGACUUUCUACAGUUUCGCCAUAUAUCCUGUAAAAUAAUCAUCAUUUUGUUCUACCGGUCUCUUUAAAUUACACAUUUUAUUAUUCAGCUCUGAUUAUGCACAGCUUGUCAAACUCAACUGUUGACUCAUUUGUAAUUCUAAUUCUAAUCAUUGUGGUUAGCGACUGUCUCAUAUCAGCAAAUUCACAUGAAAAUAUCCUACAAACAAGUUAGUUCCUGUUCUCACUUACGUUAUAGCAGCUAUAAACAGUCAUUCCCUCACCAGCCUCUCUUUAUUUCUCUUGCUGAUACUGGAGACUCCUGAUACUGGAGACUCCUUCCAUAAAUGUUAAAUAAAUUACAGAAAACUUCACUGCAUCAAUGAUUUUUAAAAGCAGUUUAUGUGAAGUGUCUGCUGUUAGAAACGAUAACGUAUUAGAAUGUUAAAUGCAGUAGUAUUCGUUGUGAUUGAGUGUUUGAUUGGUCGAUCAAAUAGUUAUUCACCCUCAGUGAGACUGUGUGUCACUAACCUGUGUGUGGAUAACUGCGUGUCCUUUACCUGGACCUUCUGACUGUCUGAUCCCUUACUCUGCAAAUACAUCAGGCAACAUGAGCUCUGUGUGUGUAGGAAGUGACAAUUCCUGUUAAUGGAGCUGAAAGAAAAUUGAGGCACUACAUCAUUAAUGUAUCCCUUCAGUGCACACGGUGUGGCAUCAUUAAAUCCAAAACACAAACACAUCUCAUUAACUUCAUGGUCAGUAGAGAUUUCACUGAGACGCUUGAGCGAAAGAACAGAAGAUACACAGCUUUGAAUGUUUUUUAUAACAAUCCAGAGAGAGAGAGAGAGAGAGAGAGAGAGAGAUUAAAGCUUUCUUAAAUAGAAAUGCAAUGAAAUUCAAAUAAAAUAAAAAGGAGAAAUGUACUAAAAUAAGGCACUAAAACAAAAACAUUCAUUAAAAUAAAGCUGCUGUGCAAAAUAAGUGAACAAUGCAAGCUAUAGAAAAAAGUGUCAUAAUGAGAAAGGAAAAAUAAAGACAAAAACAAACAUGCAUGAAUAAGAAAACAAAAACUUUGGAAAAUUAUUUAUAUUCAGGAAAGUCCUCAUCAUUUUAUACAAAUAAAUUAAUUGGCCAACAGCAUCGUCUAAAAUCUUAUGUACAUUUAUUUUUACAUAAUCAUAUCAAAAGUAUUUGUAUGAAAACCUUUACAGUAAGUUCAGCUUUCACACAAACAGGUUAAUCUCUCAAACACACACACACACACACACACAGACUUCUUCCCCCUUCCAGUUAUCCUUGAUGUGAUGAAGUUUUGAUGGAGAGAAAAUUAAAAAAUUAACCAUUUUAUCCCCAAAGCACUAAUUUCAGAUUGUGUUGUACAGUGUAUUUGUGGUAGUCACGCGAUGGCGUAUGUAUACCACAAAUCCUCUAUCCAGCCACCUACAGAUGAAACCGCAUCGUUUCCCAGAGGUGCUGCUCUGCCUGAAGGUAACUCAGCCUUGGGAGGAGCGCACCACUUGGAUUUGAUGCCUUGGUGCUGCGCUUGAAGUUCACUCAAGUUCAACUUUACCUUUUCAAAGCACACCUAAUAAUAUGAGCCGUCAUGUGUGACGUAUAUAUGAUGUAUGUGAUAGAAUUAAAAUAAAAAUGUUAUAACCGGAUUUCUGUAAAGCUGCUUUGUGACCAAGCUGCUUUAAUGUCCAUUGUUAAAAGUGCUAUACAAAUAAAAAUGUACUGAACUGAA